CAUAUAUUUCCCCGCAUACGCAAUAUCAAUGGCGUAGAUAACUACCGAGAUCAACUAUUUCAGCCUAUAGCUCAUGCGUUUUGCGACCGUCCCAAGUUACAUCUUUCCAUUGCUUUCUUUCGAUGCUCCGGAGUCUGGUAUCAUUUUCUCCCCUGACUUCAAGCACUGCAACUGGCCGACUCAGGUCCUUCUCCCGCCAAAUCUCCCCGUUCUCCGCCUCGUCCGCCACCCAAAUGGCGCUCCUACCCUCCACAAUGACCAGCUCUAAGCCACGGGUGAUCUUGGGGCUGAUGACGUUUGGCCCACCCGGUACCGAGUCCAAAGGUAGCCGUGUCACGACGCUCGACGAGUACAACAAGUCUCUCGACUACCUGCAACAACAAGGGUAUAAUGAAGUAGACACGGCCCGGGCAUAUGUUGGCGGCGAACAAGAAGGGUUCUCAAAAGAGGCCAAGUGGAAGGACCGCGGUUUGACCUUGGCCACUAAAUGCUUUCCCGUCAAGCCAGGCGACCAUAAACCCGAGAAUGUGCGUGCAAGUCUCGAGAAGAGUCUGCAAGAGCUGGGUACAGAUUGCGUCGACAUCUUCUACCUGCACGCGCCGGACCGGAGUGUGCCCUUUGAAGAGACAUUGGGUGAAUUGAAUGCUCUGUUCAAGGAAGGCAAAUUCGUCCAGCUCGGGUUGAGCAACUUCGCGGCCUGGGAGGUGGCGGAGGUCUGGAACAUUGCGAAACAGAAAGGAUGGGUCAAGCCCACGAUAUACCAGGCCAUGUACAACGCUAUCACGAGGGAUAUGGAGAAAGAAUUGGUACCGUGCUGCAGAAAGUAUGGGAUUGACUUGGUUGUGUAUAAUCCGCUCGCUGGCGGCCUGUUUAGCGGUAAAUACAAGGCCAAAGACGAAGCACCUACAGAAGGCCGGUUUGCCGAUUUGCACCGGGCAGGAAAGAUGUACCGAGAUCGGUACUUUCACGACACCACCUUCCAAGCACUGCAGCAUAUCGAGCCUGUGGUCAAGAAGCAUAAUCUGACUCUCAUUGAGACCGCGCUGCGGUGGUGUGUGCACCAUUCGAUCCUGAAAGUGGGAAGAGAGGGUAACGACGGGAUCAUCAUUGGCGUGAGCAGUCUCAGUCAGCUAGAAACCAAUCUGCAGGAUCUGGAAAAGGGACCGCUACCGGAAGAUGUUGUCCAGACGCUUGAUGAGGCAUGGGAAAUGUUCGCGUCCAAGAGCCCUACAUACUGGCGAUGAACCACGAGGGUGGAAAGAUGAUGAGGUAAAUUACGUAAAAGUAUACGAUGUCCAUGGAUUGCUCGCAAAGUCCUGACCGUGUGGAUGUGUCUUGAGGAUAGAAGAAUAAGCCAAGGUUACCAGCUACCUGGCAAUCUGUAGACAUGACAUGGUCGAACAUAUGGUCCAUGGGAAGAAAAGCACGACGCCGGAAACCAAUUUCAAGAAAGACUAAAGGAUCUCUAUAUGCAC